AGUAAAGACAAAUAUGACGAGAAAUUUUAUUUAUCUAAACGACAAAAGGAAAACAAGGCGAUUUAUGAAACUCAUACUAAUGAAAAUAAUGUUUCUGAAAAUGGAGGAAACAUACAGUUAGACAAACAAAUUAUUGAAGAUACAAGUUGCCUAAAUGAAGGAGUUAUUGUUCAGUUAAGGAGUGAUGAUUCAUGGAAGGACGAUAAUUUCUUGGAAAAUACAAAUUUUAAAGUUAAUCAACCAAAAGCAAAUGCUACGAAUGAAAAUAAUGCAAAAUGCUCAAGAGAAAGCGAAGAAAUGUCCAGUCCGAGGAUGGAAACAAGUAAAAAUAUUGAUGAUCUCCUGAAAGAUUUUGUCUCGGAUUCAGAAAUUGAUGAAUCGCUUGUAAAUAUUUCUCUAGAUAACGACUCUAACGUACCAAACCAGGAACUUUGGAGUAAAGGUCAAUGUUUUCUUGAUAAAAAUGGAAAGGAAAUCGAGCCUGUUCGUGUUUUUCGACCAAAUGUUGACAACAGAUUGCAAGAUACACAUUUCAUAAAAGCGACGUCGUGUAAUCGAAAACGGAAACAAGGAAAAGAAAACAGUCAGGGGAAUGUAAGCAACGGGAUUUCCAAGAAAAGCAAGAAAUGCUUUAAGAUAGGAGGACAAUCUAUGUUGACAUCAUUUCUUCAAUCACCAUCUAGUUACGAAACAUUUUGUAGUGCUAAAGAUAUUUCAUUCUCUUUAUCACAAUUACAACAUUUAGUUGCUAGAAGCAGAUCAGAGGUAGUAACCACUGACGAUGUAUAUAGAUCAGAGGUAGUAACCACUGACGAUGACAAUAUAUAUUUAAUCAAACGUUUGGAUCCUUGGGGAGUUUGGCUUGUACAUAAAAAUAGAAAAAUUUAUGUUUUGAAUCCUUACAGGAUACAAGAAUCACUUCUAUAUCGACAAUUGCUGUCUACUUACAUUGCAACGCGAGAAAAACUCCCCCGACCAAUUGUCUUAAAUGAAGUAAUUCUUGGUAAUAAAAAUCGGUUGUCGCUGCUGAAGAAACUUGUGACCAAAAACAACCUCGAUAAAAGCAUACGAAUUACUUGUGACGACAAAAGACUUGUUUCAAAUGGAUUUGAAAUUUCAGGAAAAUUUGAUAGCGUAAAGAAAGACUUUGUAAUAUCUGUGGAUCAGAUGAACGUGACCAUCCCAUAUUUCGGUAUCACUGAUCUUAUUGAAAUCUUAGACCUAAUAAAAGAGAACGACAACGUUGUGGAGAAACAAGAUCUUUGUAAAUUUCGACCAAGUAAAAUACUUACUUUACUCAAGGAAGAAUCCGCUCGUAUAUCGCGAAGCCUUCCAUCGCGCAUGUCUAAUGCUGAUCUCAAUAAACUUUUGAAGAAUAUGAAAGAAAAUCUGGAAAACGAAGAAAAUUAUUGUGUUCACAAUCAACCACUGUUGUAUCCAUUGAUGUCAUUUUAAGAUAAAGUAUCAGUUUUAAUCUCUGCAGAACAUGCUAAAAUUCAGACGAAGCAUUAUUAUUCAUGUCGUAUAUAGUCUUGGAAUUAUAAAUGAUGAAACAAA